CCCUCCGGAUCCUCAGCAGACCAUCAGCCAGUGCGCCACUUUCCUCCCUCUCCUGAAAUAACCACCGGCUGCACUUCUCUGGACGCUCCGGCCGCACAAAUCUGACUUUAUUCCACUUUUUUUUUUUUUUUUUUUCCUUUUUGUUUAUUUGUUUUUUACUCCUGCGGCUCCAGGCUGCGCCGGACUUUUCUCACAGGCUCGGGGUUUUCCCGGUGAUGACCUCACUGCUGCUCCCUGGCAAAGCCCACGCUGCGAUGAAGGACCUCUCCUCCUCCUCCUCCCCUCUCACCUCGCUUCUCCACUACCCGUCCUCCAAGACCGCCGCCGUGCCCUUCUCCCCGUCGGCCGGCCCGGCCCCGUCGCCCGGCUCGUCGCUGUCGUCGUCGCUGUCGUCGUCGUCGUCGUCGGCGCCGCUCUCCAAGCCGCAGCCGUUCUGCCUGCAGACGGGGCCGCACCUCAUCGCCAGCAUGCAGCUGCAGAAGCUCAACUCGCACUACCAGAACCUCGCCGGCGCCUCCGCCGGACACGCGGCGCCCGGCGGCGCCCAGAGGGGCUUCGGCGCCGCGCAGCUGGGAGCGGGGAGCCAGCUCCUGGGGCCGCCCGGCGGCGGGAUGGGCGUGGGGAUCGGCAUGGGGAGCCAGGGCUCCGGCGCCGGUGGACUUAUCGACUUUGACCCCGUGGACGAGGAGGUGCUGAUGUCCCUGGUGGUGGAGCUGGGUUUGGACCGGGCCAACGAGCUGCCCGAGCUGUGGCUGGGACAGAACGAGUUCGACUUCAUGUCAGACGUGCCGGCCGGGUGCUGACGGUGGAAACGCAACCGGACGGCGUAGAAGCAACCGACGGAGACAGAGGAGACGUCUCUCAGCGUUUGGUUUUACUCUUUCGUUCGCUUUUUGGGUGAUUAAAACAAGGAAACCGAAAAGCCCGAGUGACAAAGUGAUAGAUUGCUCCCGUUUCUGUUUUGCUUUCUCACUCGCUCCGUGCGGACAACACAAAGAAAAAGCUGGCUUUUGAUUUAUUUUAUUUUCGUCUUGGAGGCGGUUUCCGUAAAACACUGCGUUUUUCCAAAACAGCGGCGGCCCCCGCCCUGUGAUUUAUAUUUUUCCCUCUCAUUUAAAUGCUUUAGCAGAAACGGGGAGUGAGAGGCUUUCCUCCGGUUCUGGCUUAAUGAAAAGAAGUUGACUGACAUGAGAAGAGCUGACGGAGACAUUUGAGACGAUCUCUUGAACGAACGAGUAAGACACACCUGUUGGGCUUCUUUGUUUUUUCUUUUUUUUUUUUUUUUUUUUGAGCUGUUCUCUCUUGAUCAAGUCAGCACUGAAAGAAAAUGAACUUUAUGGGAAAUUCGCAAAGGAUGGCAAACACUACGCUUCCUGUUUUCUUUAUAGACGAUAUUAGACUCUGGUCUCACGGGAAAGAGACUCCUGUCUCUUGGCUUCACAAAGAAACUGAUUGUCUGAGAACUGGUUAUCUCCAUGUGCUUCUGUUUCUUUUUCUUUUUUUUUUUUUUUGUGUUUGAAUUUAGUUCAACCAGUUGUAUUCACAGAACAUGUUAUUUAAGACAGUAGCUGAUACCCAUCAGGAAUCCUGGACAAGGAGUGCUUCUGUACGCGCGUCUGAAGUCGGGCCCUACCUUUCUCAACGUAAUGAAUUAGAUCAAGAAAUGUGGAAUCUGCCGGAGCAUCGGACAUGAAUGGAGUAAAUUGUGUCUGGCUCUGGAACACGGCUGCAUUUAAACAACUGAGGGCUUGUCGAUCGGUUGGUCGGUUGGUCACGCAACUCACGACUGCAUGUUCUUGGUUUUCUCUCCUACAGGGUAAUAAACACGGGCCUCGUCACACAGGUGUCGCUCAUCAAAAUGGCAUUGCUCAUAUGUUUUGUCAGCAUUUUCGGUUAUAAACCUUCGAUUUUUCUUUUGUUUCCUGCUCUGUCACUUUGAUACUAGUUGCAAGAUUGUUCGGUUCGGCCCCACGGGGCCUGAAUGUCACGAGAGCUUCAUGUUUCCGAUAAGAAACGCUUCAGCCUGGAGACUGCUCUUUGCACACCUUUGACCUAAACACACACUGGGGGUCGGUUUUAGUGUGUUCAGACCAAAAAUGAGAUUUCUGACCUGUUCUGUUGAAUAAACCGAUCACUGUUUGUACA